AUGACAGCAGGGAUACAUCACAAACAGUGGGCUGUGACAGCUUUUAUGAAAGAGGCAUUGUCCAUGGAUGGUUAUCAUCUGUUGGGGGACAGUGGCUACCCGUGCCGUAGAUGGUGCUGCCCCCUACUCAUAACUCAAACCUGGGCAAAGAGUGCUUACUUCAGAGCCACAAAUCCACAAGAAGUAAAGUUGAGAGGAGGAAUUGGCACUGAAGAGAAGCUUGAUUUUCCAAGGGACAUACGCAAAUAUUUAAAACGUAUGUCAGAAGUCUGUUUGGAUGCAGUUUUGUUGUUACUGGUUUCUUGCAUAAAUCUUGAAACUUCAAGUGGAAAUGAUGAGUAUCAAGUGUAUUUAACGACCGGGGACCAGUCGAAACUUCUAUCCCACGAAGCACCGUGUCAAGUGACGUCAUCACACAAUGGCUACAGCGUUUGGGUGGACAGAACAAAACGCAGACAGACAAUGGAAGGCUUCGGUGCGGCAAUGACUAACUCUGCGGCUUACAUCAUCUACAAUAGUCCUAUACAGCAUUCAAAUACUAAGAGACUUUUAUGCUUUUAUUUAUAUGUUUCAUCGACAGGAAUAAGUUACAUUCGCCUGCCAAUGGGGUGCUCCGAUUUUAAUGCUCUUGAAGUUUACACUUUUAAUGACAUUCCAAGCGGCCAGACAGAUUUCAGUCUCGACCAUUUUAGCAUAGAUAAAGACCGUGCCUUUGUCAUACCCGUAAUCAAAGAGGCGUUGUUGGUUAACCCCAAUUUGAAGAUCGUGGCAACGCCUUGGUCAGCACCAGCUUGGAUGAAGAACAAUCGCAAUCUGAAUGGAGGAGAUUUCGUCGACAGUUGGAACUACUGGCAUUCGUAUGCGAUGUAUUUUGCCAAAUUUAUUGAGGCCUACAAAGCUGAGGGCAUCAAUAUCGAAUCAUUGACUGUUCAAAACGAACCCAUUCUGUCCAGAGACGAUUAUCCGACCAUGGUUAUGACAGUGAAUCAACAGAAGGCCUUCAUAAGAGAUCACCUGGGUCCAUUAUUCAGACAAAGAAAUAUACAGACAAAAAUCCUUGUCUUUGAUCACAACUGGUCUGAUUCUUGGUUCCCUGAGCAGGUCAUUAGUGAUGGUAAGCAUCCAUGUGUACCAGGCCUUGGUGGAUGUGAUAACUGCCGUGGUGUAAUUACUGUUCAGAACGAUAAGUCUGAGAGAAACGCCGAAUAUUAUGUCCUUGGUCACGUGACUAAAUUCGUCAAACCCGGAGCGGUCCGUCUAGAGUCUAACUACAUAGAUUACCACACCCUACGAACUGUGGCGUUCGCCAACACCGACGGCACGACAGUUAUUGUGGUUUCAAACCCAAGUGCAACUAAGCCCGCAAGUUUCUCGUUGGAUGUUGAUGGAAAGCACUACCAGUACAAUAAUCUGCCACCCCAAUCUGUUGUGACUUUUGUGAAGUAA